AUGGACCUGAAUUUUUACUCCCAUCUUACCGGAGGAAGCGGGCAACCUGAUGGCGAUCCAGAGUUUUUGGAUCCACAGCCGUUCAAUGGAUUUGAUACUGAUAACAAGUUUCCCGGAGGGGGCGAUAACUACCUGACCAUCUCUGGGUCCGGCCAUCCCUUCCUGGCGCCCUCGGAGACCUUCCACACGCCCAGUCUUGGCGAUGAAGAGUUCGAGAUCCCACCCAUCUCGCUGGACCCGGAUUCGUCCCUCACCGUUUCUGACGUUGUGUCUCAUUUCGGGGAGAUGUCGGACGCGAGCCCUUCCGACAGCGUGGCGGUUCCCGGGAACGCCGUGGUGGAAGGCGACGACCCCUCCUUCGCCUCUACUUUUGUUCAUCCCCCGUCUCAAGGUCUGGAGCACCUGAGUUUGGGGGUCAUCAAUCAGUCCGGAGGCGCCUUGCUGGGUUCAUCCCUGGGAAUGGAUUUGGGUCAUCCCAUAGGAUCGCAGUUUAGCGGCUCGUCCCCGGUCGCCAUCGAUGUCCCCCUGGGGGACAUGACCCAAGGACUGCUGGGCUCCAACGUACUGACCACCAUCGAUCAGUCGGAGCUUAGCGCUCAACUGGGUCUCGGGUUGGGGGCCGGGAAUAUUCUGCAGCGGCCGCAGUCGCCGGAGCGCCCGCUGUCGGCCGCGGCGUCACCCACGAACUCUCUGCAUGACGAUGACGUGGACGACUUCCGAAGGAGCAUCCUGGUGGAGUCCCCAGUCUCUCAGACCUACUGUUCCGGCGUCAUCUCUUUGGACUCUGCCGUGGCGCCGCCGUCCGGUCCCAGCGCGGGCACCUCGGCGGGAACCGCCCGGAAAGGAGCGGGCGGCCGGGGUGGCAAGUCGAACAAGAAGAAGGAAGACCCCGGCGAACCGCAGAAGCCUGUCCCGGCAUACGCGCUAUUCUUCAGGGAUACUCAAGCAGCUAUCAAGGGACAAAACCCCAAAGCCACGAUUGGAGAAGUCUCCAAGAUUGUGGCAUCCAUGUGGGACAGCCUCGGAAAGGAGCAAAAACAGGUUUACAAGAGGAAAAACGAGAUAGCCAAGAAGGAUUACUCAAGAGCACUUGCAGAGUACAAAGCCACUCUAAACAAUCAGGUCCCCAUCCAAGUGUUGGACUCGGCGCCGUCGCCGCCUUCACCCGCGCCGCCGCCGGCUCGCCUUACCAGGGCUCAACAGUACAACCCGGAGGAGAACACCAUCACCAACAUCUGCACCUCCAACAUCAUCUUGGACCUGCCUCAGGUCACCACGCGUUCCCGCACGGGCGCCAUCAGACCGCAACCCGCACCCGAAUCCAACCCGCCCACAGUCGCCAAGAUCAUCAUCAAGCAGACGCAGCUGCCCUCCGGCGGCGUGUCGGUCACGGCCGUGCCGGCUCCGUCGGCGCGACAGCCGCCGCCGCUUCAGCAGAUGCAGAGCACGCCGCCGCCGCCCAGGCUUCAGCAGAUGGUGCACGCCCAAGCCCCGCCGCCCCUGCAGGCCAAGCCUCGGGGAGGCGGCGCCGCGGUGUCCGCAGCCCCGCCGCCUCUUCAGAUCAAGGCGGUCCCGUCGGCGCGCCAGCUCGAUCCCGUGGAUACGUCAGAUGCGGGGGAAGUGAUGGAGACAGAAGAAGGGAUGGAGGUGGAGGUGAAAGUGGCUCCCGGGCCUGGCGUCGCGCCCGUCGCCGGCCCGAACAUAUGCGUGCGCAACGGUUGCACCAACCCGGCGGUGGACAGCAAAGACUGGGAUAAAGAGUACUGCAGUAACGAGUGUGUCGCUACACAUUGCCGGGACGUGUUCACGGCCUGGUGCGCCAUCCGAGGACAGAACUCCACCACGGUCACCUAG